AUGGCAAAUUUUUUGGCAAAAAUUUUGCAACAACAAAAAAGUAUUCCAAAUUUGGUAAAAAUGGCAAGUUUUUUUUUUAAAAAACAAAUAUUUGCAAAAUUAGCAAAAAGAGGCAAAAAAUGACAUGCUUUUGCAAAUAUUUACUUCUUAAAAAAUUGCCAUUUUUUUGUUAUUUCCUUUUAUUUGCCAAAAAAAAAAUUGUCCCAUAUUUUCAUCAAAAAGAGCGAACCAAGUGCAAAGAACCAAUUUCUGGUCAGUAUCCAGGAAAGCCUUGAAUGUGAGUUCAGGCCUUAUUUUGAUUUAUUAGGUGAUGAAUCAGAAGAUGAAAAGUUAUUAACUCCCCCCCCCCUCCGUGAGUGAACAAAACCAUUAGAAAAAUCGCCAUUUUUUGCCCAAAAACCCACCCUCCGCGAGUGAACAAAAAUUUUUUUAAUAGAAAAAAAUUUUUAUGGAAAAAAAUUUUGACAUAUAAAUGAUAAUUAA